AUGGAAAACGCAAUCACGGACGAAGUGAAUGCACCCGAAAACAGCGAAAAUAAUGAAAAUAACGAUCGACAAUUACAGAAAAAUCAAGCUAAUGAGCAGUCAGGCAUUCCCCUCACUGGUGAGGCGGAGGAAGAUGCGGAGGAAUUGGUCGUCCUUCAUCCAGAUCACCCUUUAAUGCAACGUUUUCAAGAAGCAUUAACGAAGAUGCUUCAGGCGCAUAUAUCUGAGGCUGCAAUCGAGCUAAGAGAAAAGUCUGAAGAGCUGAAAAGGGAAAAGGCUGAGCAUUUAGAACUUGGUUCGACUCUUUACAACGCUCAACAAGAAUUAUCAAGAUUUCAAGGCCAACUGGAACAGAAGCACGAAGAAGGCAUGGUUAUGCAGGCCAAACGGGAAGAAAUGGACCUGCAACUCCUGCAACUGCGAAAAACCUACAAGGAAAGCCAGCAGGAGUAUGACAGGGAGUACAAGAAGAUGUCGACACUGCGUGAAGAAGUCGACAAUCUUUGUUUACGACUGUACUACCUCAAUAAUGCUCGUGAUGAAGUGAAGAAGGACAUUAUUAUCAUGAAGCGAGCCGCAGAAAAGGCUGUCACGGAUCUGACAAAGGUGCCGCUUACAAUUGACCAGCUGACGGAGGACUGUGAACUCUUGGAGCAACAACUCAUCGCUCAGGAGUCGGACCUUCGCGGAGGUGAAAACCUGCUGCACGAGAUGGAUGCUCAAAUUAUGGGCAUCCGGGCAGAUCGUAAACGUUUGAUGGCUCACUGGAACAGCAGCCUAAUUGGCCUUCAACGCAGAAAUGAGGCUUAUACGGCCCUUAUGAAGGAAUUUGAAAAGAAGACGGAUGAGUUAACCAACGUUCUCGCAGAGAUAGAAGGCGUUAAACGAAACAUCUCGGAGGAACAGGAGGCUCACGAAAAACUCACCAUCACUGUGCGUCGCACGGAGAAGGAAAUUGCGAGCAUGAAGUCCCAGCUUGAAAAAAUGCAGAACAGACAUGAAAUUAUGCGCCAAGAAUAUGCAGAAAACUUAAGAAUUCUACAGGAAAGUGAGAGAAACCUGUUGCUCGCCAAUCAUGUACGUUUUUCAUGUUAUGUUCAAUGUCUGUGA